AUGUCGUCGUCUGGACUACCAGGCGGCAGGGAGACCGCUGCAUCGUCCUCAAACCCCCCUCUUGAUCACGACUCCAGCAUCCGUCGACUCGAGGCAGCAUCGCCGGCCAGCCCACCCCCUCGCCCGCCCCGUGCAAGCUUGGAUCGCUCGCGCCUGCAGCUCAUGCAUGCAUCAUCUCCACUAUCUGCACAGGCCGCCAUCUUGGAAGAAGAUCCCGUUCCGGUGGCAUCCCCCACUGUGCAUGCAGCCACCUCCUCAUCCGCGGUUCCACCAACGCCGUCCUUUGACGCGCACCUUCCCGCGCAUCCAUCCUCGGGCAUCGCCCACAUCGCCCUUUCACGCUCCCAGCCCCUGCAACAGCGUGCAAGCAAUCAGGAUAUGCGCUCUCACCGCGCCUCGCCCGAUGAACCCUCCCACACCAUCAACCGCCUCCCCUCCUUCUCAUCCUCCUCCYACUCGUCGUCGUCGUCGUCCUCCGCCGCCGCCGCAGCGCUCCAGCCAGCUCACUCCUCCGAGUCUACAACGGCCACAACAUCUCCGCAACCCUACACGGAUGAACAUCAACAAAAUGCAUCUCGAUCAUCGCCUUCCUUCCGCGCAGCACCAACGCGCAUCCCGUCUAUAAACGAUCGAGCGCCUGCCUACGCGCGUGCCAACAUCCCCGCCUCUGCAUCCUUCUCAAGCUCAUCUGGCUCAAAGCAACACUACUCGUCUUCUCCUUCCUCCUCCGCCAUCCCAGACCCGCGCGGCUCUCCUCGCUCCACUUCGACUCCGUUCGCGCGUCCAGCCGUUUCAUCGUCCGUCCCUGCCGCACUCUCAUCCCAGCUCGGGGCACCACCAUCAACAUCCCCGCAUUCCACCUCUCGCGCCUCUCCAGAUAUGCACUACACACGUUCCGUCCUCGACUCGAGCCCACACAGCUCGCCCUUCUCGGCACGUCGCGACGCCAGCUUCACGCGCCUUCGCUCCGGCUCUGGCUCCAUCAGAGGCAGCCCCCGCUCGCCCGUCACUGGCGAUGCCGAAGUCUCUCUCAGCGUGCACGUCUGGUGGCCAUCCACUGCAAAGAGUGCCUCCUCCACCCUCGCCAGGGCCCCGCUCUUCCGCGAUGCCGCCACCGUCAAGCAGAAGCUCUCCAUGCGAGCCACCUCCAACCAGUCCCGCGCAGCCGAGAUCGGCCACGAUGCCGUCUUUGAGCGCGCUUCCUUCGGCUUCCGCCACGGCGGCUCAUCCUGGCUGCGCGAAAAGCCAAGCAAGAGUCGUCUCAACUCGCCCUCGUCCUCCGUCGGCCCUCUAGGCCAGUUCAAGCGGGCCACGCUCUUGUUCCGCGACAACGGCGGCCUCUCCAUCUUUGGCGAAGGCAACGCCCUCACUCACACGCUCAACUGCGCCGCCCUCUCCCACGCCGACGUCCGCGCCGUCGACGACUCGCUCUUUGGGAGGCCGCACGUCCUCGCCGUCCGUCCGCGCCAGUCACGCGCUCGCACCGAGGUCUCCAUCACCACACGCAGACACGAAGCCGCAUCGCCCAACGAGCGCACGCAUCGCCCCGAGCCCAUCUUCAUCGAGUUCAAGUCCGAAGAGCAGCUCCAAUACGUGCGUACCCUCCUCCACAUCUUCGCCAGACCCGACAUCUACGGUUCGCCCGCCACGCUCGACACCGGCGGCACGCAUCGCUUCUUCCGUCAGCUCGACAUCACCAUCUCGGACGCCAAAAGCAUCAUGCCGCGAUGGCCCAUCGAGGACACCACCACCGAUGUUCUGCCUGCCUCUCCCAUCCGCUCGGCCAAUCAUCCGCUCAUACACAGCAGCCAGCCCGCUUCCCCCACCGUCUCCAGUGCAGGGGGCGCUCCCAGCAUCGCCAGCGGCGAGCUUCCAAGGUCGCUCUCGCAUCAGCUCGCCUCGCUCCGCUCCGACGACAACGAAGAUUCGCAAUCGCCUGGCUCGGAGCCGCUCACCGAAGACGGUCUCUCCGGAUCCUCCCGCGCAGGUUCACAGCCUGGAUCGCGUCCAGGCUCCCGCCCCGGCUCUCGGCCCAGCUCACGUCUGCGUCACAAUGCCAAGCCCUCGGUCAGCAGCAUUCGCCACCAUCCAGAUCUCGUCGACGACAGCAAUGCUGCCAGCGGAUCCAGUCGACCGGCUUCGCGCACGGCCUCGCAUUACGACGCCCAUUCCAUCGCCGAAGACGAUGCAAGCUCCAUCGGCGAUCACCACACCGGCCCCCUUAGCGGUCACGCCGGCGCCAGUCGCUUCGCCUCUACCCACACCUCCACCAGCGAGGCCGCACCGAGCAUCCAUGCCGGCCUCAGCCACAGCUCGAGCUUCUCCACCACCUCUCGCGCCUCGGCACAGCGACGCGACGACAAGGAUCGCUUCGAAAAGGCUCGCUUCGACCGCUACUGCCGCAUCCGUCUCGAUGGCGAGCUGGUCGCACGCACCAGCCUUUCUCAAUCUGCCAUCAACACGUUUGCCAUCGACAAGUUUCAUCUGAAAGACGUUGGCGAUGCACGGUCGCUGCUCAUCGAGGUGCUGCACCCCACGCAAAAGACCACCAGCUCGCUCUCGAGCUCGGCUGCCAACGUCGGAGGCAAGUACAUCCUGCUGGGUCUGGUCGAGAUCCCCAUCGAGACGCUGCGCAGGAACGAAGAGGUCGAGGGCCGCUUCCCCAUCUGGUCCAUCUCCACCUUCCCAUCGCACCACGGUGCCGACGACGCCGAUGACGGAAGGAUUCCGACCACCUUCCAUCGCGGCAUCGUCGGCGAGAUCUCGCUCUCGAUCCGGCUGCACGAGGGAGCCGUGAUGCCGCUGAGCAUGUACGAGGAGGUGUAUGCCAGGAUUCACGCUCCGGAUGCGGCCGACAUGAUCAGCGAGCUCGCCAGCACCAUGCGCGAAGAUGCCAUCAUCUCGCAUCUCAUCCGCAUCUACGCCGCUUCGGGCACCAUCUCCGAGCGCAUCUCGGCUCUGAUUGAGGCAGAGAGUGCCAGCUGGGGCGAGAAGAUGGAACCGGAACUGCUCUUCCGCGCCAACACGCUCUUGUCGCGCUCCGUCGACCACUUUCAGCGGCUUCGAGCGCUUUCUUGGCUUGAAGAAUGCCUGGGCCCGACCGUACGCAAGAUCUGCCACGAUCCUCUCGCGCCGGCUCGAUCGGAAUCGUCCGCUUCAGUCGGCAGCGCGGGAAGCGAGGAGCCACACUUCGACUUUAGCACCUCGAUCCGCUCACCGCCGUCGCUGCCCGCCAACGCCAUCGACACCAUUCCGGACGGACCGAUGACGACCAACUCGCUGCGCAAGCUCAGCGAGACCAUGUGGCAGAACAUCUAUCGGCAGCGUCACAGCUGCCCUCCUGAUCUGCGCAUGGUGCUGUACCAGAUCCGCUGCAAGGUCAACGAGCGCUACCGCAGCUCCAAGUCGACGCGGCCGGGCAUCCAGGGCGUGGGUGCGUUUGUGUUCCUGCGCCUCUUCUGUGCGGCGCUCAACGCUCCACAGCUCUACGGGCUCACACCGUCGCAACCGGACCGAAGUGCGCAGCGCAAGCUGUUGCUGCUGAGCAAAGUGCUGCUGGCGCUCGCCAGCAAGAAGGUCGCGUUUGACAAGGACAAGGACUGGGAGCUGAUGCCGUUGAGCGAUCUGCUGCGCACCUACUCGUCGGCGUACGACGACUACAUCAGCGUGGUCUCCACCGAGCCACCCACUGCACCGCCAGUGCAGCUGCUGGGAACCAGGAUCGACGACGACGCCGAGAUCCAGGCGGCGGCAUUGCGCAAGCUGAGCUCGCUCUCGCCCUUGCAUCGCGAAGCGAUCCCAAGGGCUCCGUAUAUGAUCGACCAGUCUCAGGCGCUGGCUGCAUUCGUGGCAUUCGUCGCCGAUGCGGCCGAGGAGCGCGAGCAUGUCAAAUCUCCUCUUGGCUCUGUCGACGGCGGAUGGGCGGCUUCGGAAGCUGGCGAUCACGAUGGAAAGUCUGAUGCCAAGGAAGCGACGACGAUCCGCCAGAGGACACACGAGUUUGUGCAGAUCUGCUGCCGCAUCGAAGAGGCCGCAGGGAUGUGCAUUGACCAGGCUGGGUACGAUCCGCGGCCGAUCGCGAUGGAGCGUCUGCAACGUGCUGCGCUUUCGAGCCUGUCUCGGUACGGCGGCUCGACUGCCUCGUCUUUGCUCAUGUCGUCGCCCGUACGGGGAGGGCUGGAUAGCUCGGCAGCAUCGUUUGCGUCUUCGACCUCGAGCUUCGGCACGGUGGUUAUGGGUGGCGAAGCCCACGAGACGUCGCCGAGAUCCUCGCCGGCGCGGCUGAGGACCCGCCGAGCCACGGUGAGCGCGGCGCAAUCGCGCUCGAGGGUAGACGACAAGCAGACCCCCGAGGUCGAUGGCGGAUCGCCACGAGGCGGCAGGAGGACUAGCUUUGGUCUGGCACGCUCGAGCCGAAGACCAUCGCAGGCGAUGUCCGAGAUGGAUGUCUCUGUCAGCCCACAGACUGGACCUGGACACGCGAGGAGGAUGAGCGAGAUGAGCGAGAGCAAUGCGCCGACGCCGCGCCAACGCACGUCGAUCCAAGCGCUGGCUCCGAUGCCGCUGGGCGCUUUGUCACACCAGCGCGCCACGUUUGGUUCGAGUCGGAACGAAGAGGACGAGCACGGGUCGGACGACGAACUGCGCCAGGCAUACCGCAUGCUACGCGCCGAAGAGGCGGCGACGGCCAAAGCCGCACCGGCACGCGAGAGUGCGCUGCCUUCGGGCGCGGCUGUGGGCUCGGAUGCGGGUAAUGUGGGCGCAGCGAUGGUGCCGGAUGCCAGCUCGACAUCGGCGGCAUUGGGGUUGGAGCCCAUGGGCGCUCUGUUGGAAGCUGACGACGGCUCGACAUUCGAAGCGGUGUAUCCGCAGCGCGGUUUCGCCUCGCCGACGGGCAAUGGCCCGCCUUUGUCGCGAAGUGCACGUCAGUCGGUGGAGCUGUCGCGUCCGGCAUCGCGAAGACUCAGCGCCAGGGCGUCGUUCACGGCGGGCGCAGGCAAGGCACCUGAGGCGGGUCUGGGCGGUCUGCCGACGCGUGCAGGCGAGUCGGACUCGUCGCGGCGACACUCGACGGACCAGCCGUCACUGCCACGCAACUACUCGCUGCCACAGCCACCGGGCGAUCGUCGAAUUUCGGCCAAGGACGAGCUGCGCGACAGCCCCGAUGGGUUUGGGACGGUGGUGGAGGAUGCGUAUGCGCAGACGCGCGCUGCACUGCCACCGUCCGCAUCGAUGCCCGUCGUGGGAGCAUCCGAAGCGAGGCGUGGCAGCGUCGGUGGGGGAGCAGAUGCCGACUCGGCGCAGGCCAAGAAGAAGAAGUGGUGGAAGCCGUAA